UUUAACUAACAUUCCACAAACCAUAAAAUGGGUAUAUUCCCUGGUAAUAGAUCGUCAUUGACUCUUGCUCUCAUCAGGUAAUAGAAAAUGGGUAUAUUCCCUGGAUUUGGUAGCUGGAUCAGUAAGAACACUCAACAGCUUCUCAAGGCCGAGUCCAAGGGAUCUGAAAAUGUCGAAUCUAAGUCGGUGUCAGAGAAAGACACUAAUUAUAAUGCUCCUGCUAACAAGAAGAAGAAAGAAUAUGUUUAUGAUGAAAAACAGGAGAUGAUAGAACAUAUACUUUGGUAUGACGAAGAGAAGAAGCAUCCUUGGCAUAGUCCCCCUCCCAAUGUCAAGGUGACAACAAAGAAGGGUGUUUACCAUAUGAACUUAGAAGUGACCAUAGGAGCGGCGCCUGAAAAAACCUUCUUAUGGUUGACUGAUCCAUGGGGCAGUUCGUUUUUGGAUGAGAAGAAGUGGCGCGACCUUAUGAAAAACGUAAAACGAAAGGUUUUGACGGAGGAUGGUCCGAGGCGGGUCAUCAAGGUGAAGAAAAUUGUGGUUCAUGACUUCUUAUCGCUGACGUCUAUACCUAUCCCGUUACAUCUAAUUGUGGAAGAAAACGAAAAAGAUCUUACGGGAAAGUAUAAGAAAGAGAAAGUAAUGUUGAUGAAAGUGUUCCAAGGCAACUUUAAAGUGGAGCCUAUAUAUAUAGAUCAAGAACGAUUGUGCAAAAAGAGGUUACCAAAAAGUCGAGAAGAAUAUAAAGAAUGUAGUGGUGGCCAAGGAAAGAUUGCGUCAAAAUUGACAGUAAACCAAUACUUUGAGCUAUAUCCUCCAUUUAAUCUACCGCCGCUUUCUUGGUACAUCCGUGGGAACACCAUCAAAACCUCCAAAAAUCUGCUCAAAGCACUUCAGAACACGGCUAAGAGUAUACGAACGGUUGAUCUGCCCGAAGAGUAUAAAGAACUUAGAGCAAAGAUGAACUCCAGGAAUAAGGCUAAUUCAAUAUUUUAAAUGCUUUUAAACAAAUUACAACGAAUCUGUUUAAUCAGAAUAACUUGACUUUACAGCUUGUGAAUCAUCAUUGACCACUUUCUAAUCUAAUCAACACAACUCUCUUUGCACA